AUGGCUCCUCCUAAAGUCAUCGCCUUGGUGGCCUUGCUCUGCACGACCCUCACCCAGCUCGGCAGUGCAACUCCUGUACUGGAGUCCUCGCAGCAGCAGCAGCAGCAGCAACAGCAGCAGCAGCUUCUCACUCAGCACCCAGACUACAAAGACACAACAGACACCCUCUAUCCCUCUGACUAUAAUGAAGCGUCAACAACAAACACCUACAAACCCCCAAGCUGGUUCGAAUCCACCCUUCUCGCCCGCCGCCUCCUCGCCCUGUCUCCCACCGGCACCGCCUCCACCAUCUUCCCAAGCCCAUUACCCGGAACCGACUCCUCCUCCUCGGGUGAUACCUCAGAAUGGAUUCCCCAUAGAACUCCCGAAACCGUCGCAGGCCACUCCAUCAGCCUCACCGAAUACCUCUCCGACUGUGAACACGCUCUCUAUGGGGCCAACAACCAUUUAGGCACAAGUCAAGGAAAUCCCAUCUUCCUCGCCCUCAACGUCGCGACGACUUUCCGCAACACCGCUGCGGGGUCCAACCUCUCCCUUUCGCUCUCGUGGUGGGAUCAUCUGAACGCGACGGAGCCGGUGUUUCCGGGUUUCCCGCUGAGUGCGGCGGGGUUGCCUCGGGUUACGCUGUUGGGGUAUGUCGAGAAGGUGGACUUUUCUAGUUUGGUGCAAUCUGAAGGCGGAGAGGAGGGGGCGGAGGACCGUCUCACGCAGUGCUAUCUAGCUGCACACCCCGACGCGGAGGCGUGGCUGCCGCACAGGAAGGGGGCGCCGCAUUCGAGUUUCUGGGCGAGCCUCUGCCUUAAGAGACAAAUCACCGUCUCCCACUCCCACUAUUACUACCAGCAACAGCUCCGGCUCCAGCCCCGGCCCCAGCUCCAAUCCCAUGCACCACACAAAGCAAGUACUUCCGAUCCGGCACCACCACAAUCUCAUGCUUCUUCGUCCGCAACCGCAACAACCGCACCUCAUCGCCUUCCUCUUGCUCCCCGUCCAGCAGCUCUCCAUCCUCGGGUUGCUGUUUCCCCGCGCGACCUUGUCCCUCGAGCCCGUCCCUGUGACUAUGACUUCCUCCAAUCCCCUCCGUAUGUCCGACCAACCCAUUUCCAUAUGCACCUCCCGCGCUCUGCCACUGUCCCUGUCCUUGUCCCUGUUUCUGGGUCUGUCCUCUCGUCCCUGAGCCAGACACAAAAGAAGCAGGAUCCCCAAGCACAGCGCCCAACUCCGCCGCACUCGUCACCCGGGGAGGGUGUGUAUUCCUCCUCCUGCGUCGGUGGUGCUGGUGCCGGUUGUGAUGCUACUGCUGGUGCGGCCGGUUGUGCUGCUCCCGCUCCUACUGAUGACUGCACCCCCCCCGCAGCACUCGACGCUAUCCCCCCAGAUAAGCCCGUAGACACAGCAUCAGCAUCAGCUUCGGCAUCAGCUUCGGCAUCAGCAUCAGCAUCCGCUUCAGCUCCUUCCAAUUGA